UGGAGAUCAUAAGUAAGUAUAGACACAAACAACGGAUUUCCUUUCUCCGAGUCCUCCAACUAUGUCAGGGCUAGACAUCACUGUCGAAAGGCUCAGUGCUCAAAACACAGAAGCGACCACUACACCAGGGAGUACUACUGAUACUUCAACUCCGGCGACUUCAAUUACUGGGCUGGAUGUCGAGAAGCUAGCGAAAUCAGAGGAUACAAAACGGAUCCCUUCAUAUCAAUCCAUCUUCAACUCGCCUCCCCCAAUCAAAUAUCCAUACAGACCGAACGAAGCGCUCGGAGAUAUCCCAGGGAUUAGUUAUGCGUUGGAACUUUUCCUAGCGUCGCAUAUGGUGGAAUCAGAGGACUACUGCAACAAAAGCGACGUGAAUAAAGAAAGAUUAUAUUUUGCCACUGGUUAUGGGCUCAUACAAUGUGUGAAAGCAUUAAUGUCGUACGCUGAUGAGGACAUUCUUUCUGGCAUAGAACACACAAAGCAGGGUAACCUCAUUGCUACCCAACACCGGAAGAAAGCCGCGUUCUUCACCUCUAGAUUAGCCGGCUAUGUUGUGUCAUCUUUGAAUACGACUGGUGUUGGAUUUAUUAGGAGUAUGACAGAUGUGGAACGGCAUGCAGAGCUGGUAUACGCUGAAAGCCUUUUUGAAAAAGCUCUUCUUGGUAUCGUGUAUUCCGGUGAUUGGCUCGCAUUCAUAAAAGAAACUUUGAACAUGCGAACCACUAUUCAAGUUUACCGUACUCUUCACAAAUACAUCAAUACGAUGGAUGCUGAGUCCGUCGCGAGAGGAGGGCCUGCUGAAGAUCCCUCCAUAGAUGCUCAUUUUCGCUCCGGCGUGUAUCUCGGUGCCGGGAUGUCAUCACUGAUUCUAUCUCUCCUGCCCACAAAACUACUUACAAUUGUAGAGAUGUUUGGGUACAAAGGUGAUCGAGCAGAAGCUCUCGAGCUUUUAGGACGGGCCGGGGGUUGGUCAAGAGAUAGUGAUGAACCCGGCGUAUCUGCGGCUCAGGAAGGCGUCAGACGGACAAUAUGUGACAUGGCGCUUCUGAUUUUCCACCUUGUUCUUUCUAGCUUUACCUUUGAUGGUGUGGACGUUACGAUGGCGCAGAAGAUCAUCAACUGGAAUUUGAAGCGAUACCCAGAUGGUGUAUUCUUCCUCUUUGGAGCCGGUCGUGCUUCACUUGCCAAAUCUCAGCCAUUACGAGCGAUUGGUUACUACACCCGCGCAAUGGAGGUGCAGGCACAGUACCGAAAUCUUCACCAUAUAUCUUACUGGGAGAUUGCUAUUGCCCGUAUGGCGCUGUGGCAUAUACGAGGUAGUUUGGAAGCUUGGGAAGUUCUUCAGGUGGAAGCUACCUGGUCCAAAUCUAUUUAUUCGUACGGAAUGGCCGUCGGUUUGCUGGAGCUUGCCGAUGCCCUUGAACGCGGGGAGUUGGAAUCCGAACCAAAAGCAAACAUCACGAAUGAAAAGGCCCGUACGCCAGCGAAAAUGCGGGAAGAGGCGACAAAAUUGAUGGAAAAAGUCCCUGGACUUCGGCAGAAGAUUGCAGGCAAGAGUAUACCUCUGGAGAAAUUUGUCGCUCGGAAAGCUCGAAAGUACAUUUCACAAGAUCGGAGACUGGCACUUCCUAUGCUCGAACUUGCUUAUCUUGCUCUAGCUAUCGCACAUGCGCCUAUGAACGUUGUGGAAACCAGUAUGAUACCUGAGGUCAAUCGUACCUUGGCAGAGCUUGACAAGUGCAGAGAUAAUCAUAGAAAUUAUUAUAAUGGGAAAGGAUAUUGGGACGAUUAUUGUCUAGCAAAGCUGUUAGAGGGCGUUUGCAAACGAUAUGUGGCUUAUCCAGACCCCGAUGCGGAACUGGAUCCAGCACAACUCCCUAACAUUCCUCGGGAUCAAGCAGCAAAGGAAGCAAAAGCAGCAUUUCAUGCGGUCUUGGAACAUGGACCAAAAAUCGACUUCGACCACCAACUCGUGUAUCAAGCUCAUUAUGAGAUAGGCCGCCUAUUGGCUUGUCAGGACGAUACUGCAGGCGCUACAAAGCAUUUUGAUCUUGUUCUCUCGGGGAAAUACCUCGAAGUAGGGCCUUCAGGCAGGAAGGGUAAAUACAGCCUAGAGAAUGCGUUACACAUGCGUACGCAUGCCGCUCUUGAAGCUCUGCACCAGAAGAGACUUUAAAAAUCUUUCUAGGAUUGUACUACCAUCCGUUUGCAUCCAUAUACCCUUAUCGUUUAUCGAUAUUAUUCAUUUAUUGUCGAUGUUUUCAUAUCCUUGCAUUUGUACAGUCAUGGCGCCGUGUAUCUGUCUAUCUAUGUUGUGGUUUCGUGCUUUCGUUUUCGCUUGUCACAUAUUUGUUAUCUGUUAUAGAAUAAUGACCACGAACUAAUGA